AUGGCUUACCCUUCUUCUCAAAAUUCUCAACCUGCUCUCCCUCUGCACCUGUGUUUCUUCUUGCUUACCUUGUUCAUGUUCCUUGGUUUCUCAUGGUACUCAAGCUACGAGCCGAUAAUGGAGAGCUUCAUGGACCAAGUGAAGUUGGUGCUGAUGGUUUCUCCACUGCUGCUUCUGCUAGUUGUGCACUUCCUUUCCAACUAUGGAGGAGGUGGAGGGGUCUUGUCUUCGCUGCUUCCUUUGCCAGAGAGAGAGUCGCUGCAUAGAGCUAGUGGAACUCCUUGGGGUGUUGGGUUGGUUCUUGUUCUUGUUCUCUUCAUGGUCUCUUACCAGUCUUCUUUCCAAGAACGGUGGUUUCCUCUCCUCAGCAGGUGA